AUGCACGGUACUGUCUGCUCCGGCCUUGACAGCAAGACACCCAAAACAGACCCCGAGAACCAGCAGUAUUACAUAACUCGACCGCUAUUCAGAGCUAUAGCUAUUGAUAUCCAGGGGCAAGACUAUUCUCGGUGCUACGAUAUUCGUCUAAUUACCUAUAUGCCGGUCUUGAUCAUCCUCACUGGCCAGGAUGACGGGUUAAGUGCCCCUAUCACGUUUGACUCGAUCCCCGAUGCCGAGACCGUCACGAUUCGUGGCAAGAUAGCGGCUCGCACGAAUCUUGAAACAGCCAUAGGCUUCAUUCUGGACCUGGAGGAACGCGAGAACGCGGCAUUUGGUCCACAGCCUGACCCGGUUGCCUCCACGGCCGCCUCCACGGCCGCCUCCACGGCCGCCUCCACGGCCGCCUCCACGGGCAACUCGAUUUACCGUUACCGCAGGAGCACUGCCAAUGAACUCGGCUGGGGCAAUGGGCCAUUGGCAGGACCAAGCUCACAGUGGGUGGAUAUGAAAAAGUAUCCAGACUGGACUGGCCUGGGAGCCCGAUACGACCAGAUUAUCGAUGUCAUAGAGCGAAGAUCGUUUGAGCGCCAUAUGACACUGGAGUGCAAUUGCAUCGAACGGGACUUAAGGAACCAGUAG